CGUGUGAGAGGUAGUUCAAGCAUGGCAGGCAUGAUUACCUUACGAUUGUGUAACGCUUUGGCAGGAGUGCGAAGCAGCUUGACCCAAGGAUUGCUGGACAAUGCCCUGAGGAACACCAAGCCAUGUCUACUGCAUACUAGACAUUUCUCCAGAGUUGGUGCCUCGUUGUACGCUGCUGAGGCCAAGGCUAAGUUUGAACGCAGGAAACCUCAUGUCAACAUUGGUACCAUCGGACAUGUUGACCACGGAAAAACAUCACUCACAGCAGCCAUAACAAAAGUUCUGGCUGAGGCAGGCAAUGCCAAAUAUCACAAGUACGAUGACAUUGACAAGGCACCUGAGGAGAGAAAACGAGGCAUCACUAUCAACGCUGCUCACGUAGAAUAUGAGACGGUCAAUAGACAUUAUGCACACACAGACUGCCCUGGACAUGCUGAUUACAUCAAGAACAUGAUUACAGGAGCAGCUCAAAUGGAAGGUGCCAUUUUGGUUGUAGCUGCUACAGAUGGACAGAUGCCCCAGACCAGAGAACAUCUUCUUCUUGCCAAGCAGAUCGGUGUUGACAACAUCGUGGUGUUCAUCAAUAAAGCCGAUGCUGUUGAUUCUGAGAUGUUGGAGCUGGUUGAGCUUGAGAUGAGAGAUGUCUUAGCUGAGUAUGGAUACGAUGGUGAGAAUACGCCUAUUAUCAUCGGAUCAGCACUUUGUGCACUCGAGGGGAAGAAACCAGAAAUCGGCGUGGAGUCCAUCACCAAGCUAUUGGAAGCUGUAGAUACGUGGAUACCCCUCCCUCCUAGAGAUAUGGAGAAGAACUUCCUUAUGCCUGUUGAACAGGUCUACUCAAUAGAAGGACGUGGCACCGUGGUGUCCGGUAGAGUGGAAAGAGGCUCUAUCUCUAAGAAUGACGAGAUUGAAUUCAUUGGUCAUGAUACUAAGGUUAAGAGUGUUAUUACAGGUAUUGAGAUGUUUCAUAAGAUCCUUGAUAAGGGUGAGGCUGGAGACCAAAUGGGGGCACUGGUGAGGAAUGUCAAACGAGACCAGAUCAAACGUGGUAUGAUGCUCUGCAGACCGGGGACUUAUAAAGCACAUAACCACGUCAAAGCACAGGUUUACAUCCUCACAAAGGAGGAAGGUGGUCGACACAAGCCAUUUGUCAGCAAUUUUACUCCCGUGAUGUUUUCCCACACAUGGGACAUCUCAGCAAGAAUCACUCUACCCGAGGAUAAAGAAAUGGUUAUGCCAGGUGAAGACGUUAGUUUAUCACUGGCUCUACAGAAGAACAUGGUCCUUGAACUUGGGCAGAGAUUUACCCUGCGAGACGGACGCAUCACGCUGGGUACCGGUAUCAUCACAGAGAUCUUACCUCCAAUUGAGAAAAUUUAGUGGUCACCAGUAAAGAAAUAAUAGUGCACGUAAUACAUUAACAACCAUGAUCGGUUACAGAAUUUGUUUUUCGUACUGGUUGAAUAUUGUGAUAUUUUGUCGUAAGACAAGACUAGGGCUCAAUUUCAUAAAGCUUGUAAGCAUAAAAACUUGCUAAGCAUAGAAAAAUAUUGCUUAAAAGAAACUGGUUACCAGCCAAGGAUCCAUAAAGUUAACAAGUGGUCCCAUGUUCUUUUUUUGCUUGGCAAAGAAAUUUGCUAAACAGUAUUUUCUGCUUAACAGUGUUAUGAAAUUGAUCAGUUGAGUUUUGAAUUUGAAAGUAGCGACGAAAUUACUUGAAACAUAGUGGAUGGUGUUAUUUUCUACAUCUUUCAUGCACUCUUUCAAAAUAUGAAUAUUUAAAAGUAUGUUUUGUGAACUAUUAUGAUUUAAUUGAAGACGGUCUUAGAUUUUCAGUGUGUUGUUGAUGUAUCUCAAUGAGAAAUGGUUUUGAAGAAAUCUUACAUCACAGAUAAAUACAAACCAUUACAGACCUGUCUGUUCUUAGUAAACAAACCGAGCUUGCUGGCAUGGAUGGCUAAAUGUUAGUAAAACACUCAAUCGUGGUAACAUUUAACUUUUUUUUGCAAACUUUCAAUUAAAUAAAAUACCUCCCAUGAUUGGUUGUUUUGUUUGAAAAUUGUGUGAAAUUGUUACAAAGAGUAGCUAUCUGUUUUUGUUUUGCAUUUAUGGCUUUCCAUAGUUUUCCAACCUCGGUGAACAAAUACUCGGGCUUUGUCGUUGCAAUAUAAAAGGUCUAUAGACAUAGUUGACCUGUGACAUCACAUGUUUACAACAGAGCCACAGAGCCUGGACUUCCUGCAGGCACGAUUUGUACACAGCCUAA